AUGUCUAACGAAAGUACCCUCGCUACCAACGUAGAAAAGUUGAAUAUCUCUUCCGACUCUCCAGUCGUAGUCAUCGGCUCUGGUCUUGCCGGUCUAGCCACUUCGAACCAAUUGGUCAACAAAUAUCAGAUCCCAAUCGUAUUAGUGGAAAAGGAAGCCUCAUUGGGUGGGAACUCCAUCAAGGCUUCUAGUGGUAUAAACGGUGCUGUUACCGCCACUCAAGCAGCUUUGAAAGUAGAAGAUUCUCCUGAAUUAUUCUUAAAGGACACUAUCAAGUCUGCCAAGGGGAAGGGUCUCGAGCCAUUAAUGGAUAAAUUGACCGCGGAUUCAAAGUUUGCCAUUUCUUGGCUACAAGAUGAAUUUGAUUUGAAGUUGGAUUUAUUGGCCCAAUUGGGAGGUCAUUCCGCAGCUAGAACUCAUAGAUCAUCGGGUAAAUUACCACCUGGAUUUGAAAUCGUCUCUGCAUUAUCCAAGAAUUUGAAAACGUUGGCUGAGGAAAAACCUGAUUUGGUUAAGAUUCAAUUGGAUGCUAGAGUCACAGACAUUAAGGUUGAUGACAACAAGAACGUUGUUGGUGUCGAAUUUACCAACAAGGAUGGUCAGUCAGAAAUUAUUAAGACAAACCACGUAGUGUUCUGUUCUGGUGGGUUUGGGUUCUCCAAAGAAAUGUUAAAGGAAUACGCUCCUGAAUUAAUUGAUUUACCAACUACCAACGGUAAGCAAACUACUGGGGAUGGACAAAAGAUUUUACAAAGGUUAGGUGCUGACUUGAUUGAUAUGGAUCAAAUCCAAGUCCAUCCAACCGGGUUUGUUGAUCCAAAUGAUCCAGAUUCACAAUGGAAGUUCUUGGGUGCAGAAGCCCUAAGAGGACUUGGUGGGAUUCUUUUAAAUCCAAACACGGGGAAAAGAUUCGUUAAUGAAUUGACCACAAGAGAUAUUGUCACAGACACCAUUCAAGCUGAAUGUGUCAACAAGGAAACUGGUAAUGUCAGAUCCCUAUUGGUUCUUGGUGAAGGCAUCUACGAACAAUUGAAAAACAAUCUAGAUUUUUACAUGUUUAAGAAAUUAAUCAAGAAAAUUACUUUGAACCAAGUUGUCGAGGAUUAUAAAUUACCAAUUACGGCUGACGAAUUAGCAAAGCAUUUAAUUGAAUAUUCUAAUGAAUCUCCUGAUCAAUUUGGACGUUCAUUGAUUACUAGAAAUUUUGGUGAAAACAUCAAUACUGAGACUAACGUAUUUAUUGGUGAAGUUACCCCCGUUGUCCAUUUCACAAUGGGUGGUGCAAAAAUCAACACUGCUGCUGAAGUUAUAGCUAAGGAUGGUACCGUCUUAGCUAAGGGCUUGUACGCUGCCGGUGAAGUCUCUGGUGGUGUCCAUGGUGCUAAUAGACUAGGUGGCUCCAGUUUAUUGGAAUGUGUUGUAUUUGGUAGAACUGCUGCGGAUAGCAUUGCCAAUUCCAAAUAG